AUGGCAAAACUUACUGUUCAAACGAUUUUACCAGAUAUGAAGCAUACACAUUAUAAUUCUAUAGAAUCACCUAUAUAUCGUUUUCCUCGUCAUCUUUUACAAUAUGAAGAAAAAGUUUCAACAGUAACACUUAAAGACAAAGGUUUAUUAGUACCUGCACGAUUAGCACUUAAACGUCAACGAGGAUCUCUUAAACCGGCGACAAUGAAAACUGAAGCUAUUGAUUCGAGUGCUUUUCAGAUUGAAUUAGGACAUACGGAAGAUUUUGAUUUACAAAAUUCUGAAGAUUUUGAUAAACAUCAUGCAAUGCAAUCAACACCAUUUCAUCCUAAUUCAGUACGAGGUGAUACUCCACAUACUCAAGCAACUGAUAUUUCAGUCAUGUAUAGAGAAAAACCAUUAACUUCACAUCCAGUAACUGGUCAAUAUAUUGCACAACAUGGAGAAGACACUGGAGGUCCAUCACCAUGUUCAUAUGUUUUACCACGUAGACCAUAUAGGGAAAAAAAUGCACCAGCUUAUACAUUUGAAACUGGUUCACGUACAGGAUGGCAAAAACAAUGGUUUGCACAUUCAGAUCCUUAUACAACCAAAGUCGACUUUAAUCGUGAAACUGCUUGGCCAUCUCCAGUUCAUUAUGAAGCUAAAACAGCUUUAGGUAAACAAACAUCUAAAGUUAGUUUUCCAUCAUGGUCUUUUGCGGCACGUCUUAAUAAAAAUCCAAAUAUAUUCCCAGAAAAUAAUCCAAGUCCAGAUACAUAUAAUACAAUAUCAGCUUUUCAUAAAUUAACAGGAACAAAUACAUAUAUUACAAUGAAAUCACGUACUGGUGGUAGUCAAUUAUCAGCUAUACCAAUUAAAGGUAAAAUACCUGGUCCAGGUGCGCAUGAUCAAACAAAAUUUUUAUCAAAUAAACAUUCAGCACCGAAAUAUUCUUUAGCUCGACGUUUACCAAUAUCACUUCGGCAAGAUCCUUAUGUGAAUACAUUACCAUCAGUUGAAACUUAA